AUGUCUAUGAAGAGGAGAAUAUACAUCCAGGAAACCCAGCGCCUGCAGCAGAAGUUCUUUGAGGACUAUUCUCGCUUUGAAAAUUGGCUGAAAUCAGCUGAAAUGUUUGCAGCCAGGCCAAAUUCUUCAGAGGUUUUGUACAAACAUGCAAAGGAGGAGCUGAAGAAAUUUGAGGCAUUCCAAAGGCACAUUGACAGGAGACUCCCUCAGCUGGAGCUGAUCAACAAGCAGUACAGGCACCUUGUCCUGGAGAACCGAACCGACUCAGCCAGAAAGUGCAAGCAGAGGGUACACGAUGGCAACUGGCGCUGGGAUAACCUCCAGAAACGAGUCGCUGCCAUUCUCAGGAGACUCAGGCACUUCACCAAUCGGAGAGAUGAGUUUGAGGCAACGAGGGAAAGCAUCCUUGUGUGGCUCACAGAAAUGGACCUCCAGCUGACAAACGUGGAGCAUUUCUCAAAAAGUAACUUUGAUGACAAAAUGCGCCAGUUAAAGGGUUUCCAGCAGGAAAUAACACUGAACACCAAUAAGAUAGAUCAGCUCAUUGUUUUUGGGGAGCAGUUGAUUCAGAAGAGUGAGCCUUUGGAUGCCACCCUGAUAGAAGAUGAAUUGGAAGAACUUCACAGAUACUGUCAGGAAGUGUUUGGCCGAGUUGCUCGGUUCCAUCGAAGACUGACUUCAAAGCAUCCUGGACUGGAUGAUGAAAAAGAGACUUCUGAAAAUGAGACAGAUUUAGAAGACUCAAGAGAAAUCCAGAACGACCCCUGGCAUAAGAAGGGAAUCAGUGAGGUGCCCUCUUCUCCACAGUCCCUUUGCCAGCUUAUGCCCCCUUCUCAAGGUCAUGAAAGAUCAGGCUGUGAAACCCCUGUCAGUGUUGAUUCUAUUCCACUCGAGUGGGAUCACACAGGUGAUGUGGGAGGUUCUUCCUCUCACGAAGAUGAAGAAGAAGAAGCAACAUACUACAGUGCUCUGUCAGGAAUUAUUGAUAGGUGGGAACUCAUCCAAGCUCAAGACCUCAGAAAUAAACUCAGGAUGAAACAGGAAUUGCAGCAGUGGCAGCAGCUGAACUCAGACCUCAGUGAUGUCUCUGCCUGGCUUGCUAGAACUGAGGAGGAGUUGGAAGAGCUGCAAAAACUGAAACCUCCAACCAGCAUGCAAGUGUUGGAACAAAGGGCCAAGAAAUUGAAACAACUGGAGAAAGAGCUACUAGAACAGCAGCCUAAAGUAAACUCACUCCAAGAACUCACUUCUUACCUGCUACUGAAAUCCUUUGGUGAUUACAUUGAAGCUGAUGAGAAGGUCUAUGUAAUUGGAAAGAAACUGAAACAGCUUCUUGAACAAGUUUCACAUGACUUGAAAACAAUACAAGCAAAGCUGGGUAGCAGUGCAUUCUUGCUAGUUCCUGAUGACUUGGACUCAGGAGUUUAUAAUACAGUUGCAGAAGAAUCCAGCCCUGCUAUUGAGAAGAUCACUGCAAGGAGAACUUCUGAUGGCAGAAAGAGCAGCAGCAGCAGCAGCACAAGAGGUGAAAGCCAUCUACAGACUGUUCAAAGAAUCCCUCGGUCUCCCUCCUUCUUUUCCCGUGUCCUACGAGCAGCUUUACCUCUGCAGAUGUUCUUUCUAUUGAUUUUAUUUCUGGCUUUUACGAUUCCAUCUUGUGAGGAUGACUACAGCUGCAGUGGGGAAAACAAAUUUACCCAUGCUUUCUAUCCCAUGCUGCACUACCCUAAUGGGCCUCCACCAACAUAG